GCGAUUAUUGAUCGCGACGUAAAAGUGAGAGCGCGCCCACGUCAAUUAAUUAACGUCGGAGACGAGAGCGAGCGAUAUAUUAACGUGAUCGACGAAUCGAGGAUGGAACGUGCCGUCACGGCGGCGCGACGGCUUCUGUAAAGUCCUGUAACUGUUGGUGGUGCGUACACGCGUGACACGCGUCGGCGGCGACGACGUCCUCGGAGUCCGGGUCGGGCAUGAGAUUCAAUGACAGGGAGCUCGCGGAGGCGAGCUUUGGACCCGCGGACCUGGAGGGACGUCUAAAUCACAAGCGGGCUCAUAAGUCAGUGUUUAAAGAGAAGUGGUUCAAGCUGCGAUACAAUCUACUGUUUUACUUCAACAUCAAUGACUUGGGGCACAUUGAUAGGAGGCAACCCGCCGGGGUCAUCGUUCUAGAGAAUUACAGCAUCAAUAUAGAUAAUUCGUCCGAGGGGGCGUUUGCGUUCAGUAUCUCGUUCCGCGACGAGCUGGAGAAGCGACAUGUGCUGAGCGGUCGAUCGGAGUCCCAAGUGGAGCAGUGGGUCAACGCGCUCAAGCAAGCGAGCUACGAAUAUUGGCGAUCACGCCUGAUCAUGCUUCAGGAAAGAUUGUGCAAGAAAACGGGAAAGGACCCGUUGCUCAUGUAUCCCAGAAAUCAGGGUGUGGUGCGAGACGAAGCUUGGGAACCUGCCACCAGCUUCAGAUCUCAUGUACGUUCCUUUACGACGUCAGUCGCGCCUACAUUGAAUACAAUAACGAGGGACGUUAAUCUCAUAGAUCUUUAAUACAGGACAAUAAUUUUAGACACUACCUGAAUUAAAAUUGUUAAUUUUUAAAAUUUAAUAUCUACAAAUGCCGGCCUCGCGAAAUUUAUAUUUUGAAGGAACAAUAUGUACAUAAUCGAUGUAAGAAAGUUUUGUGGAAAACUGCCACGAGCGAGCAAGUUUUAGGAUGCAGGUUCACAAUAAGUAUGUACGAGCUUUAAUAAUUUAUAUAUUAUAAUAAUAAGAUAGUAUACUAUAUAGAAUUUAUAUUCUAUGAGACAAAAUGU